AUGGAAUUAAAAAAUCAUACUGAGACCGCUUCUGCCUUUGACUUCAACGGACAAUCUCUUAGUUCCAAGAUUAUUGGACUUAAAGCGCUCACUGUACGGACUUCUGCGCUACUAUUUCCCUUGAUUUUUAAAAACGAUCUUCCGCGACAGGUUCCUGCCUGGAGAAAAGCUUCAACAGAAUCAAAAUCUCACCAGAAACUUUUACAAAGUGAUAAUGCACAGCUUCAAAAUGUUAUACACCCAUUUGGCACUAAUGCCUCUUUUCAAUGUUCAAAUGGAGUCGUACCUGCUCAAAUUGGAAUUUCUGUUGAUCUUUUAACAAAUCUGCCACAACAAACAGAAGAAAUCACUCCUGAAUCAUCAGUUUCUGCUGAUAAGAUGACUCAGUUCACUCGAUUCGCAGCUGAAAGUUUAUUUAAUUAUGUUGCUAGUUUUGCACGUGAUAAUUCAACAUCUGAUCCUCUUGUACCAAUGUCAGCAAUUAAAAGAUGGUUUGAUACAAUGUUACAGAAACUCUCCCUUGAUGCAUCGUUUUGGCGAAAGUGA